AUGUCUGACAACGUGAGCGGCACGGAUGGCCUUCCAGACUUAGAGAACAGAAGCCUGUCCGAGAGCCCUGAGGGGCCCUCUGGGGCGGAGGCGGCGAGGGAGGCCUCCUCACACGUUGAAAUGAGCCUGAGUGGAAGUGGUGGCGGUACCGGCGAGGGUGACUCUCCCCGCCGCGCCAGCAGAGAAUAUCAAGGCACAGAUAUGGAAAGUUCGAGUGAAGAGAUCGAUAUUGAUACCUUGGAAGACUUCGAGUAUUUGCGAGGCAAUGACAGAAACCAGUUCCGUUACCGCUCAGAAGAGCUAGGAGAGGAGGAGGAGGAGGAGGAGGAGGAAGAGGAGGAGGAAGAAUCGGCGGAAGAAGAGCAGCCUGAGGUACAGUGCGAUGAGGCUCACCCUGGGCCGACUUUAGCAGCCCAGAAUCAGGCCCUGGAGGACUGGGUGGCUUCCGAGACAUCUGCCCUCCCCAACCCUCGCUGGCAAGCCGUUAAAGCUCUUCGAGAGCGCCAGCUGGGUUCGAGUGCCCACUUUGUCUCUGAGGCCUGUGGGGCGAGAGCCUUUGUGCAGCGUUUCCAGUUGCAGUAUGCGCUUGAGGGCCAUGAUGGUUGUGUCAAUGCUUUGCACUUCAACCAGCGUGGCACCUUGUUGGCCACUAGCGGUGAUGACCUUAGAGUGAUAUUGUGGGACUGGGUGCGUGAGCACCCAGUCCUGGAGUUUGAGAGUGGCCACAGCAAUAAUGUUUUUCAGGUCAAGUUCCUUCCCAGCUGUGGUGAUUCCACCGUGGCCACGUGUGCCCGUGAUGGGCAGGUAUACAUAGCAGAGCUAUCUGCUGCACUACACUGCGUGAAUACUAAGUGCGUGGCCCAGCACAGGGGAGCCUCCCACAGUUUGGCUCUGGAGCCUGACUCCCCUUUUAAGUUCCUGACGUCAGGUGAAGAUGCAGUUGUCUUCGCCAUUGACCUCAGACAAAGCCAGCCGGCUUCAAAAGUGGUGGUGACAAAAGAGAACGAGAAGAAAGUGGGGCUGUAUACAAUCUUUGUGAAUCCUGCCAAUACCUACCAAUUUGCAGUGGGGGGAAGAGAUCAGUUUGUGAGAAUUUAUGACCAGAGGAAAAUAGAUGAGAGUGAGAAUAACGGAGUACUCAAGAAAUUCUGCCCGCAUCACCUGGUCAACUGUGAUGCUAAAGCAAACGUCACCUGCCUUGUGUACAGUCACGAUGGCACAGAGCUUCUGGCCAGUUACAAUGAUGAGGAUAUUUACCUCUUCAACUCCUCUCACGAGGAUGGAGCCCAGUAUGUUAAAAGAUACAAGGGGCACAGAAAUAAUGCCACAGUCAAAGGUGUCAAUUUCUAUGGCCCCAGAAGUGAGUUUAUUGUGAGUGGCAGUGAUUGCGGGCACAUCUUCCUCUGGGAGAAGUCAUCCUGCCAGAUUGUGCAGUGCAUCGAGGGGGAUAAAGGAGGGACUGUUAAUUGUGUUGAACCCCAUCCUAACCUACCUGUGAUGGCGACCAGUGGCCUAGACCAUGAUGCUAAGAUCUGGGCACCCACAGCUAACGUUUGCGCUCACGUUCCUGACUUAAAGAGUGUGAUUAAGAAGAACAAGAAGGAACGAGAUGAAGACAACCUGCACCACACCAACCUGCUCGACAGCCACAUGCUUCGGUUCCUCAUGCGUCACCUGAGACACAGAGGUCGUCACCAUCGCUGGGGAGCUCCUGGAGCUGGGGUAAUGGAUGCCGGCUCGGAUGAGUCUUCCAGUUCCGCAGAUAUAUCGGAGGAGGAAGAGAACCAAGACCGUGCGUCGUGCCUGCCGUCCUGA